UUGGAAGUCGAAAGAAGGUUAAAAAUCAAAACAUAUUAGGGCCAUGACGUGAUCAAACUGGAUGUACUCGUACUAAAAUGAUCAAUAUUAAAAAUGUCUUAAUCAGGUAAAAUAAUAUGCAUGUGAAGGCAUUCAGCAUUUUGCAAGCUUAUAGCAGAAAAAAAAAUGUAGGUUAACCUGGCUAAAUGCAUAUAAAGUGCUGCUAACUUUAAAAAUCUUCCGUUGAUUUUAAGUUUUGCGCAUGCACAUGUUCCAUGCGUAUUUAAAAAUCAAAUCAAUAUGCCGCCUAUUGUUCAGUGCGAUAAAGACGACAUAAUAUUAAUUAAGGAAUUGAAUCCAGUGGUGCGACAAAACAUCAAACAUAUUAUUAACAAAGAAGGCUUCGUAACUUAUACAGUGAAUGUGAAAGAUGUGACAACAAAUGGAGCAAAUUAUCUUGGAACAUUACAAACUGUAACUGUAAGUGGAAAAACUAAAGAUGGUGACAAGGAACUACAUCUGUUUCUGAAAAACAUCAUAAAUGAAGUAGGACGACUUUCUGUGCUCAACGUUUCAGAAGCAUAUCUUAAAGAAGGCUUUUGCUAUAAAGAGCUGUUCAAGAUCUUUGAAACAAUUGAAGAUAAAUACAACAUCCCACAAGAAAAAAGACUAAAUACAGUCAAGGGGUACAGCGAAACAAACAGUGAAGUGAUAAUUCUGGAUGAUGUUUCCAAAAUGGGUUAUAAAGCGUACAACAGAUUUGGUGUGAUGACGAAAAAAAUUGCAGAAUUGGCUUUCGAGCAACUUGCCAAACUACACGCCAUGUCGUUUAUUAUAAGAAAGGAGUAUCCAAAAUAUUUUGAAAACAAAAUUAAAUCCUUAAACACGCUGUUUAAUAUUAACAGUGAAUUUGAAAAUCACUUAAGAAAUACUUGCAACAAAGCUAUGGAAACAUUGGAAGGUGAUGCGAAAGCUAAACUGCGUGAUUUUUGUCCAAAAAUGGUAGAAAAGUACUCAAAUUACAUUAAAAUAGCACCAGAAGAAGCUGUGUGUAUAACUCAUGGAGAUUUUCAGCCAAAUAAUUUGUUACUGAAAGAAACUAACGGAGAACCCUCAAGUGUAAUGAUUAUUGACUUUCAAUUCGCAUACUACGGCAACCCAGUCACCGAUCUCAUAUUCUUCAUCUUCUUGGGGACCGAUCAGAAGUUUCGGAAGGAUCACAUGGAAGAUCUUAAAGAGUUGUACUAUGGCACUUUUGAAAGCUUUUUAAGUGAUUUUGGUAUCAGUGCGUCUGUUGUGUAUUCGAAGAGGCAAUUCGAAGAUGAUUUUAAAGAGAAACUGGACUUUGGUUUGAUGUGUUUCAUACAAUUCAUGCCUUUUCUUUUCGCGAGGACAGACCAACUCCCUGAGCUGCAGAACGGACUUGCAAGUUUGACAUUGAAAAUGGAUGAGCGGUAUAAAGACCGUUUGCAUGGAGUCGUCGAUGACUUUAUACAAUGGGGAUAUUUGUAAUUAAACUGGUUAUUUACA